GUUUUUCUACCCUUAUUGCUAUGACCUCUUACCCUAACACCUCUUUCAGCCCUGAACAAGAAGAUGAGGUUCAAUUCUCUAGUGAUAAAAACUUUGCCCUACAUGGAAAGAUCUUGCUUCUGGUUUUUCUCUCUGCCUUCGUUCUUCUCUUCAUCUUGGUCCUGAUGAUUCCCUGGCUGAGAAAACGAAGGGGUUCUCGUGAUUCAGGAACAGAAGAAGAUUCCAAUAUUGAGGGCCAGAACAACCCUUCUACUCCUUCACACAACUGCUUCAGAAGAAGAAGAAAAGAAGAUGUUACAGUACUGUGCCAACAUGUAACACAAGAAAAUUAAUUGCUUCAAUUCCUUCAGAAUAUACUGUGUAAUUUUUGGAUAUAUGAUUCAGUACUUGUUGUUGGGUUAUGUUGGUAAUUACCUGUGUUGUCAGUGACAUAACACCUUAUGAUAUACACACAUGGAGCUAAACAUAUCAGCAUCUUUUUGCUGUAUUUACUUUUUACACCUUGUGAUGUUGGAGAAACCUAGGUUGUUUAUGCAUAGCUGGGUAGUUAACUCGGUUUAGCAGUUAUCUGUUAUAGUAUUGUAUUCAAUUCUGUUGUUCCUUCAAUUAUGCUCUUUUCUAUUUUCUGUUGAUUUUUCUUCUGGGAGUCACUGUUGCAAUGUACAUACACUUUUCUUACAUUGUUUAUGGGAGAAGAAAAAAACAGGAACUUUGUUUAAGGAAGAAGAAAAAAC